CAUCAACACCACAUCUAACCUCACCAUCUUCAAAGACAUAUUAAUUCUCAGGUAUCAUUCUCCCAGCCAUGUCUAUAGAGGCCCUCCGAUCCGAAAUCACCUCACUGGAGUCCCAACUCAAAGCCCUCGAAUCCCUCCUCCCACACGCCCACAGCACCCUCCUCUCGCUUCCCUCCAUCGCCGCCGCUCUCAAACGCAGCACAUCCACAUCGCCCUCCAUAGCCCGCGCUCGCGCCCAUCUCACGCGCCAACUGGCCCACAACACGCAUAUGAACUAUCGCCUGACCUCCGGCAUAACCGCCUUCCGCGUGCAAGACCCCGACCCCUACGCCGUCGACUCCGGACGCGUGCUCGGCCUGCGCAUCGAGCUGCCCCAGGGCGCCACGUUCGGGACACCGUAUUUUGUGUUCCUCGUCGCCGUGCGGGUUGCAGGCCAAGGAGAGGAAGAGGGUGAGCAGCAGAGCAGGAGGAGGUUGUUGAAGGUGCAUAAACAUACGGUUCCGCCUGCGGUGCCGAUCGAUGCUCUUGCGAGGCGGUGGCUUGCGCUGCCUGGGAAGACGGGCAAGAUGGUACGGAAGCAGGAUCUACAUGCGUUUGGGCGAGCGUUGAGGCAUGCUGUUGUCUCGUUUCAUGCGCGGCUGGCAGCCGUGGAGAAGUUGCGGGUAGAUGCUGGGCUUGAGGGGAAGGGCGAAGGGCGAGAUGCAGAAGAUGGAGAGAAGAGGAGGAAGGGAAAGGGUGGCAUCGUGGCUAUUACUGCAGAUGAGGCGGCGCAUACAGUCGAUAUCACCUUUAAGAGCGGCCUUGUUGGGAGACUGCGGAUGAACAGAGCUGGUGCUAUCGAACAUGUCGUGGUCAAGAGAGCUCUAGACGCAAAUGCGGACGACGAGACCGCGCAACGCAAACGAAGAGAGCUGAAACGGAGGAUUACAGGAGGUGAUGGAAGGAUCGAGGGUGUCGUGGACAGGAUACUGGGUAACAGUGAAGGUUGAAAGCACCUAAUUCGAGCUACGAAGCCUCAUAAGACGAAGCUGGUCUUUGUCAUCACACAUUACCAUCCAUGCACCAAGCUUCCAGCGGCGCUCCCACAAAGCUAAGACAAUAUGGCACGUGAGCAUCCUGGUAGAAGCAGAGGAGAAC